AUGGAGAGCAGUCAGUGCCUGAUAGCUUUCAAGCACAAGACGGUGGCGGGAGGAAAAGACAUUCAAGUGGCUUGCACCACAUGCACGUUCCUGAACGCUGGUGACGUCUCCUUAUGCGGAAUGUGUGGUAUGGAGAUUAAACCUCCGACACAUGAUGUACAGGCGGAUGGAAGCUGGAAAUGCGGGAGCUGCGAGGUAGAAAACCAACGAGGAGCAAAGAAAUGUACACAGUGCCGUCUUUCUUUUUAUUCAUUGGUGACGACAGCUGCACCAGCUCAGAUCUUUUGCUCGCGAUGUGGGUUUUUGAACGAUGGAGGCAACCUGAAAUGCGUGCAGUGUGAUUAUACUAUUCGCUCUACGCUGGAAAAAAUCAGCACGGAUUUGAAAGAUAGUACGAAUUUUCUUGCGCGGGAUAUGGGUGUGAACAUCCAUGUCAAGUGCCCCGGAUGUCUAGUAGUAUGCUACGUGCCACCGGCUACGGCGUGUCUGCGAUGUGGUUCCUGCCACACGUAUUUUGCAUCGCCUUCGGUUGGGGAGGUGACAAGCUUCCACAUGAAUCGACUUGCAUCUUCUAUCUCUAACUCGUUUAUGGGAUUCUUUGGAGCUAAGCGCCGUGGGCAGAAUGAGAACGAGGCUACACGUCGUCAGGAGGAAGCUCGAGAGGCACCAAUUGGUCGCCUGAUCGCUGCUGGGAAAAGCGUCGUAGAGUCUCCUUGUCCUUCGUUGUCAACUAGUGACGCGAUUGAGCUGUCCUCAAGUCUUCAGGAGAGUGAAGUGUCUGGGAAUGAAACGGAGGAAAAGCUCGAUGCUCUUCAACCUCUGGAGUGUGUCGUAGAGCUUAAGACUCAGGAAGAAUGGACAGUAGCCGAAGAAAAGGUGGGAAAGGAAAAGAAAACUCUGAAGUGUCUUGACGAAAAAGAGUGCGAUGGGCUGCAAAAGGAUGCCGUCGUCCAGGGUACAUAUUCCGCAGAUUUUCCUUCAUCAAGCUCAAGAAGCUUUGAAAGAAAAGAGCUGCCAAUGCUUGUACGGUCCAUACCACUUCGUGCAGCUCUUCCGCCACCCCGGCAAGAACUGAUACAGGUGGAGGGUGAUAUUGUGGAGCUAUAG